AAAUGCCACGAAGUCAAGCAUAUAACUGAAAAAUUAAUUGAAAAAGAAAGAAAGUAAUGUGUUGAAGCGUGAAUAACAAAAGCGAAAUGCCACAUCUGAAAUACAAAGAAAAGGUGAGUGUGAAAACUGAAACAGAAGUUUGACUUUAAUAUCUCUGGCUACCUGAAAACGGUUAUUGCGUUGGCCUUUCAGUUUUAGGGUUUAAAAUCUUUCAUUUAAUCAGACGAACUUUGAAGCUUUGUUGUUCGCUCCAUUGCUUAGUCAUGGCUGAUACCAAACGUUACCUUCCCAAUCAACCUUUAGAUCUUGAACAGAUACUGAAGGAAGCCCAGCACCGCUGGCUUCGCCCAGCUGAAAUUUGUGAAAUCUUGCGCAAUCAUCUAAAGCUCUACUUGAAUAAGGAGCCCCCAGUCAAACCUCCAGGCGGUUCAGUGUUUCUAUAUGAUCGGAAAGUAGUACGAUAUUUCCGUAAAGAUAGUCACAACUGGAGAAAGAAGAAGGAUGGUAAAACUGUGAAAGAAGCUCAUGAAAAGUUGAAGGCAGGCAGCAUUGAUGUUCUUCACUGUUACUAUGCCCAUGGGGAGGACAACGAGAACUUUCAGAGGCGAAGUUAUUGGAUGCUUGAACAACAGUUGGAGCACAUCGUCCUUGUACAUUACAGAGAAGUAAAAGAGGGUUACAAAGUAGGUGCCUUCCGUGUGCAACCAGUACAUCCAGGGCCACUGCUUGAAAAUCCUCAAACUAGUUCCACGCCUUGCUUUGAGUCUGGCCUAAUAGUUCAGAAAUCUCAUACAUCAAGUCCAACCUCAGUUGACUGGAAACAACAGGCACUCUCUUCUGAACUUCACAGUGGUGAUUCCAAAGGACUUGUGGAGUUCUCGAGGGACAGCUUUCAGCUCAAUCCACAAGUUAGCUCAUUCAUGUCUACUGACUUUCAUAGCUCAGAGAGAAAUUUAAAUGUUACGCUAGAGCAAAAGUUCUACUCGGGACACCUUAAUGUGGCCGAUUUGCUGUCCAAUAAACUCACUUAUGCAAGAUUAGAUGUUGGUAAAGCCGUUAAAGAUGUGGCAAACAACAGAAACAGAUUGGCUAUUACUUCCGGGGAAGCAUUUGAGAUUCUCCAAAAAUGCACUACUUUUGGAGAAUCUGACACACACCCAUUGACAUUUUUGAAGAGUCCGAGCAAUGUAGCUUUCAAGGAGAGGAGCAGGGCAAUAUUGAAAGCAUUAAAGACAAUUGAGAUAUUGGAAAUUGGUAACUUCUUGGAGAAUAUCCAUGUAGCUCCAUCUCAGAUUCAGAACAUUUCCAGCUCUCAGACUGUUGUGACUUCUGAUGCUACAGUUCAAACUAGUUCCUUGGAAGGUGGACUCGACAGUGAUGAAGCUGGAAGACUAAAUAAACUUGAUAGCUUUGGAAGAUGGAUGGAUAGAGAGAUCGGUGGAGACUGCGACGAGUCCCUGAUGGCCUCUGAUUCUGGCAACUACUGGAAUACCCUUGAUACUGAUAAUGAGGAUAAAGAAGUUUCCAGUUUAUCACGUGACAUGCAGUUGGACACUGAUUCUUUAGGCCCUUCUCCAUCCCAAGCGCAGCUGUUCAGUAUCUCUGAUUUUGCUCCAGAUUGGGUCUACUCAGGAGUGGAAACAAAGGUUUUGAUCAUAGGUACCUUUCCUGGCCACGGGAAGCAUCCGACCUGUCAGAAAUGGAGCUGUAUGUUUGGUGAAGUUGAGGUCUCUGCAGAAGCUCUGACUGAGAGUAUCCUUCGAUGUCAAGUUCCUUUUCAUGCUCCUGGACGUGUUCCUUUUUAUGUAACCUGCAGCAAUAGGUUAGCAUGCAGUGAGGUGCGGGAGUUUGAAUAUCGCGAAAGACCAUCAGAACUAGCUCUUGCCCUUAGACCAAGUGAUGAAGUGCGUCUGCAAGUGAGACUAGCUAAAUUGCUAUAUUCUGGCUUAAAUUUGAAAUUCUUGGAUUGCUCUAGGAGAGAGUGUGAAAAAUGUAAAUUGAAGACUCUACUAUGUUCUUUGAAAUGCAACACUGGCAACGCUCCUGAAAGAUUAGAGGACUUACUUGCCAUUAUUGAAGGCAAUCAUAUCAACUUUAGAGAUAUGUUGAUUCAGAAUUUCAUGAAGGAUAAACUUUAUGAAUGGCUAGUCUCUAGAGCACAUGAAGAAGAUAAAGGUCCAAAUAUUUUGGAUGAUGAAGGACAAGGGGCUAUUCAUCUAGUGGCUGCCCUUGGUUAUGAAUGGGGUUUGGUUCCAUUAAUUGCUGCUGGUAUUAGUCCUAAUUUCAGGGAUGCACGUGGUAGGACAGCUCUUCACUGGGCCGCACAAUAUGGGAGGGAGGAUAUGGUGAUUGCACUUGUAAAGCUUGGUGUAGCUGCUGGUGCCGUUGAAGAUCCAACAGCUGCAUCCCCUGGUGGGCAAACAGCUGCUGAUUUGGCUUCUAGUGGAGGUCACAAAGGGAUUGCUGGAUACUUGGCAGAAUCAGAUCUUACUGUUCAUCUUCAGUCAUUGGCUAUGAAUAAUAAUGCUCUAGACGAUAUUGGUGCUGGGCUUGAAGCUGAAAAGGCUUUUGAAUCUGCAGCCCAAGAGGUUGUUCCUGUGAAUGGAACGAUAGAUGAUGAAAUUUCCUUGAAAGUAUCUCUUGCUUCUUUGAGGAAAUCAGCUCAUGCUGCAGCAUUGAUUCAAGCUACUUUUAGAGCUCGUUCAUUCCGUCAGAGACAGCUUACAGAGAGUAGAAUUGAUGUUUCUGAAGCUUCACUUGACCUUGUUGCUCUGGGCUCCCUGAGCAAGGUCCAAAAGGUGAAUCACUUUGAGGACUAUUUACACUCAGCUGCCAUUAAAAUCCAGCAGAAAUAUCGUGGCUGGAAAGGGAGGAGAGAAUUUUUGAAGAUACGUAACCGGAUUGUGAAAAUCCAGGCUCAUGUACGUGGACAUCAAGUUCGUAAGCAAUAUAAAAAGUUUGUUUGGUCGGUCAGUAUACUUGAAAAGGUCAUUCUGCGUUGGAGGAGGAAGAAACCAGGAUUACGAGGAUUUCGGCCAGAAAAAACUAGUCAGGAAGGAACACUUGAGUUUGAGAAGAACGACGAGUAUGAAUAUCUAAGUAUUGGUCGAAAACAGAAGUUUGCUGGAGUUGAGAAGGCUUUGGCAAGAGUUCAGUCCAUGGUACGUCAUCCAGAGGCAAGAGACCAGUAUAUGAGGCUGGUUGCAAAGUUUGAAAGUUCUAAGUUGGAUGAUGGAGGGAGCAGUAGGUCAUCACCAGUUUAGCUUUUCAAUACAUGAGCAAAGGCACUCGUCAAUUGUUUGUAGAAAUACCCCUUUAAUCACACCAAAAUGUACUGCUUAUAGUUGAUCCUAGUCUAACAUGUAUGAAAUUUAGUCAUCUGGGAAGAGAAAGGAGGAGGAUGUACGUCGUGUUUUCUGUUGUUUCAGUCAUACCCAGUUCCCACUAGGUUAGAAUGGUCAAAAUGUACAGCAUAUUAAGAAAGAAUGUAUAGCUACGGAACUUGUUGGACACAUUUCGGCUGAACCCUUACUAAUAGAUGCCAUCUACUGAACAAAACCGGGAGCAUAGAAAUAAGAAGUAUCAUGUUAACAGUAUCAAUAUAUUCUUGCAUCAAAUGUAAAUACGCCGGCAAUGUAAAUAUCUUAUAGAAGGUGGUUGAAAUAUGAUUGUUCGAUGUAGUAGUC